UCUCAAAUGCAUAUGUUGGAUGAUAUCAAAAGUACGACGAAAAGUACGAUGAAAAGUACGACGAAAAGUACGAUGAAAAGUAUGACGAAAAGCACAUAGCAAAUUGGCCUAAAGGCUUCCGAUGAAACUUUCAUCCUUUGUGUUUCUAAUACUAAUUCCCUAGGAAGAGCAAGAAAAACAAACAAGAUCAAAUUAUUAUACAAUUCGGCUUCUCAGGAGCUGAAGUUGCAACGUCCUUGAAAUACUAUGCUUGCUGAUUUCUCCAAUGCCAUAACAGACAAAAUCAAAUGGAAACCUUGUAUAUAGGUUAACGAACUCAGCAUUCUACAACAUUGGAAAAAAAUAGCUCUAUUAGCCGGCCAGGGGGAUGAAGAUAACUAACCUCUGUGAGCUCUAUGUAUAAAGAAUCAAGAGUCUUCAAGGAGCAAUAUUACAGAUCACAACAAUGACCAGCCAAAUAAUUAUCCAUAGUUCUAAUGAGCCAAAGCCACACUUUGUGCUAGUCCCUAUGAUGGCUCAAGGCCACAUGAUCCCAAUGCUUGAUUUUGCCGUAUUUCUCGCCCACCACGGUUCACUAGUUACCGUAAUCACCACCCCUCUCAAUGCCUCUCGGAACAGAGCUACCAUUAACAGCGCCCGAGAUUCUGGCAUAUCAAUACGCUUUGUUGAGCUUGCAUUCCCUUGUAAAGAGCUGGGCUUGCCUGAAGGCUGUGAGAAUAUCGACAUAGUUCCAUCAGCAGAGCUCAUGAAAAAUUUCUUUGAAGGCCUAAGUCUUCUGGCGGAACCUGUUGAAAAAUAUCUCCGAGAACAGGAACCCUAUCCCAACUGCAUGGUGACUGACUUCUGCCACCAUUGGACCCAAAAGGUGGCCGACAACCUGCAGAUACCUCGGCUCACAUUCUUCAGUAUUUGCUGCUUCACUCUCUUAUGUACUCAUAAUAUCUCUCAUUAUAAGGUCUAUGAUAGAAUCACUGAUGAGCAUGAGCCUUUUGAUGUACCGGGCUUAAGUCAAAAAAUUGUGGUCACAAAGGAUCAAGCCCCUGCAGGGUUCUUCGUCGAACCUGGCUGGGAAGAAUUCGCCAAAAAAGUAGAAAAGGCUGAGCUUGCAGCCGAUGGAAUCGUGGUGAACACUUUCAAUGAUUUAGAACUUCAGCACAUCAAGAACUAUCAAAUUGCUAUGGGUAAAAAAGUUUGGGCGGUUGGACCAUUUUUUCUUCAUAAUAAAAACUUGUCCAACAUGUCUAUGAGAGGAAACAAGGCCUCCAUUGACAUCAAUAAAUGUCUAACCUGGCUUGAUUCAAAGGAGCCCAGAUCAGUCGUUUAUGUCAAUUUCGGUAGCCUCACAUUCGUUGAAGCUCGUCGACUGAUUGAGAUAGGAUUGGGGUUAGAAUCUUCAAACCAUCCAUUUAUUUGGGUGAUCAAAGAACAUGAAAUAUCCCCAGAGGUAGAAGGGUGGCUAUCUGAGGGCUUCGAGGAGCGUGUAAAAUCGAGGAGUCUCCUUAUAAAAGGAUGGGCCCCACAAGUUUUGAUACUAUCACACCCUGCGGUCGGAGGAUUCAUGACGCAUUGUGGGUGGAACUCGACACUCGAAGGAAUAUCAACGGGUGUGCCUAUGAUUACUUGGCCACAUUUCGCAGACCAGUUCCUCAAUGAGAGGAUGGUCGUGGAUGUUCUGAAGAUUGGAGUCUCGGUUGGAGUUAAAAAGCGAGGCAUGUGGGUAGACAGCAAGGAAGUAUUGGCUAAUAGAGAGGAUGUGCGCAAGGCAGUAAAGAGGUUGAUGGAUGGAGGAGAAGCAGCAGAAGGUAUAAGGCAGAGGGCUACAGAGGUCGGGAGAAAGGCGAGGGACGCAAUGAAAGAAGGGGGGUCUUCAUAUGAUAGUAUGACAAGCUUUAUCCACUACUUUUCAGUUGAAGGUAGGACUGAUGACGAAGGGCAAGUAUGAGAGAAAUUUAUUCAAAUUUCAUUUCCUGUAAUAUUAAAAAGUUCCAUGGAACUUCUUUGUCAUCCUUUAUCUCAUCUAAUUAUUCCAUACGCAUAUGACCAACGCCUUGUUUUGUUUCUAUUCUUCUCUAGGGACUGUGGUGAUACGAUAUUUAUUUAUCUUAUGGAUUGUUUCCACAUG